AUGAAAGUGUUAUACCUUGGAGGCUUCCUUCAGAACGCCGAGCGGCUCCGGAAGCGGCUGCAACCGCUUGAAGCGGCCAUGGCGCGUCUAGGCUACGAGCUCGACUACGUGAGUCCGCCCCUCACCAUUGCCCUGAAAGAAGGCGUGUUUACCAGUCUUGGGCGCACCGACAAGGAGAAAGAGGCCAAGUGGCAGCUGAUCACCGCCCGGGGACUCAACCGGUGCUGGUGGUACUACGUGCCGGGAGCCAAGACCCAGGGAGCAGGCUUGGAGGAGAGCAUGGCCUAUAUCGUCGACUAUAUCAAAAAGAACGGGCCCUACGUGGGCAUCAUGGGCUUCAGCCAAGGGAGCUCGGUGGCGGCGAUGCUCACCUGCUACUUGCCGCGAGCGCUCCCCGACUUCACUCCCUUCAGGUUCGCUGUGUGUAUUCUGGGGUUCAAGCUUGGCCCCGAGUUUGCCCACUACUUUGAGGGCAGUCAGACGGUACCGACGAAAGUGGUGGUGGUGUACGGCACCAUGGACUUCGUGGUGCCGGCGGCAGGCACCCAGGGUCUCUGCAAGCUCUUCCCGGGAGCCACCGAGGUGUCUUGGCGAGGCGGCCACGACGUGCCUCAGGCCACCGACAUCAUCGAUCAGGUGGUCAGUAGAGUCGGUAGUGCCGACACCAAGUUGUGA